AUGGCCCAAGACACCCAAUUGCCAUCGUACCAGGAUGCUGUCAGCAGGCUCGACUGGCUUGAGCUUGUCGCACCAUACGUCGAGUACAAGGACUUCUCCAGCCUUUGCUCUGUUAGCACGCAUUUUUAUGCAAUUUUUGCUCCCCGCCUCUGGAACGACCCAUUGGUUGCCGUCCGCCGGUUGGGGCUGGAUCCCAGCGACGACCUCGACUGGUACCUUACUUUUGCUUUCGACCGCGUGCAGCACAUUAGACAGUCUACCCUGUCCCUCAUCACCACCCUUGACUUUCGUGUGUUCGCCAAGGACACCGCCCACUUCCACAAUACCAACAGGACAAUACCAGAGACACUGCGUUUAUUACCUAGAGUACUCCCAAACCUUCGGUGUAUUUUGUUGGACGGUCACACCGAGGCCGACCCGGCCACUUUGAAUGCGGCCCCAAAUUCGGGGGCUUCGCCCCCGCUGUUGGUGCUGAGCAUGGCACACUGCGAGGCACAGCUGCCGUCUGCUUUUUUCACCUCCAACAUCUUCCAACAUCUCGUCUAUCUGGACGUAUCCGGUCUUCCGGGCUCCCUGCAGCCGCUCUUGGCGGUAGCUCACGGACGUCGCCAUCUGUGCCAUCUGAAGGCCCUCAAAGCAAGACGCCGGGAGAUCAACGACGGGCUUGCUUUACAGCUUUUCCAAGCUUUCAAAGGCAGACUGUGGAGCUUAGAUCUCAGUGAGAACAACGUUACCGAUGCAAUCAUUGACGAAUUCGCCGCAUUGUGCUUCAAUAGUCCCUCAUUACGGUCUCAGUCCCGGUUCAUGGCGGAAGGGAAAUUGUCAUCCGACGGCCACGGCAAUGACUCCCACGGCAGAUUCGUCUCUACCCAAGAGUCCGACUGGAGCGGCACCUUCAAACAUCCGGAGCGACACUUUGUCGAUGCCCCGGUCUACUCCGCCGAUGCGACUCGGGACCUGCAGGAGGACGAAGCAGUCCGGUCCAAUGGCAGUGCGCCAUUAAGGCGAGACAUCGCGGAUCACGUUAAGGCCGCACUCGCAGGAAGUAUGGAUCGGCCGGUACCUGCUUGGGCCGAGGUGCCGCAUCUCGACGUCUGCACUGCGCCCGCCGGGAUCACGCAUCUGCACAUCUCAGACACGCAUAUCACCUCUGCAGGCGUUGAGAGGUUGAUCAGAAGCUCCCAAGGCCAGCUCGAAGAGCUGUCUUGCGAUGGCCUGGCCUUCCAGCCCGUGCAGCGAUCUGAUGCGAGGCAGUCGCUCCCAUGGCCAAAGGACGUGCGGCUAUCCGGUGUCUUGGAGGACUCUGCAGGGUUCUCGACAUCAGACGACCUGGAUGCCGGGGAUCUUCUGGACGGAGGCGAGGGCUUCAGCUUUUUCAGCGACGAGCUGCAUCAGCCCCGCCCCCAAAACGCCACCAAAAAGCAAGCGGCAGAUGUCGAGGCCACUGCCAUGCACCUGGCUGACCCGGUAACGGGCCGCUUAACUUUCUUUCCGUUCAGUGAAUAUGAGGGUGAAUACAUGGACCUUCACGAUACAUGGCAUGGGCAAUCUUUCCAACGAAAAGUCUGGAUUGGACCCGGUGUGCCGACUACCGCCGCAAUUAAUGAGUACAUGAAGUUGGUACAACACUCAGUGCUGAGGACAAGAGUCGGUCCCGCAACACCUGACCACAUCAAGGCGGGCGUCCCACCGGGCGCACUGCUCUUUCAUGCGGCGUGGGACGCUAUUGUCAUGCCGCCAGAGCUGAAGCCUCCGAAGCCCGCAAAACUCCACGAAAUGCGGGAUGUUCUAGAGGCGAUAAAGAAAUUCCGGCUCGAGAGCAGGGCUGAAUACGAGGCAGCGAAGAAGGCGGCCGUUGGAGGCAUGGCUGGAGUCAGCAGACCUCUCCAGCAUUCCUUUUGGUCUGGAAAGCUCGAGGUUUCUGUUCAGCAGAGCGUGGCACACUGUCGAGCGCCAAACUACUGGCGAUAG